AUAUUUUAUUUCACAAUGUGCACAUCUACCUGCAUAUACAGUAGUAUAAUGCGGUAAUAACAUUGUCUUCCCUCAAACAUGACAAGAGUUGACAUUUACAUAUCAAGACAAUCAUUGUCACGCACAGUCAGACUAUCUAUUAUUACUUACUAGGAGUAUCUGUCAUUCACCAAAAAAAAUAUAUUGAUAAUUUUCUAUAUGUAUUGGGAUUUUACUAAAUAAUCAGAAGUAUGCAGGGACUAUUUUUAUCUGUUUGUAUUGUCAUAUCAUCGUAUUUACACACAUGUAUAUCACAAAGAAUGAGGAGUUGUGUAUUACGUCCUGUAGAAGGGGAUACAACAAAAUACAAAGUUUAUUUAACCUCAUCACGUGCUUCCGGUGAAUUUAGAUGCGCUGAUGGAACACAUUUUAAUCAGGAAAAAUGUUUAUGUGAUUGGCCACCAAGAAAUAAUAACUCAGCUACAGACACUUUACCAACAAGACCUAGACCAACUACUGAACCUAUCUAUAGACCAGGAAAUGGAAAUACAAGACCGUUGGACCCAAUAAGGCUUCCUGGAGAACAGAGACCUGGAUUUCGACCAUUUGAAUCUACAACUAGAGGGCCUUGUUUAACGUCACCUGACGCCGACAGAAAUUAUUUCUCCCAAUAUAUCCAUGGAUACGGUACAGUUAGACGACGUUGUCCAAUCGGAACUCUUUACAAUGACAGAGAAUGUGGCUGUAUUGAUUUAGCACCUGUAACAAGUAUUUAUUGCAGACCAGAAAUAUAUUUAGACUUUGAUAGUAAACCAAUUAUAGAUAAUGGCGGCACAAACAUUCCCAUUGGUAAUAAUGGUCACGUUGAUUCCGUUGCUAACGCUGGUAGAUUUAACGGUAUCGGACAGUUAACAAUAUGGAUGUAUUCAAACAUUGACUUUGGACAAAAAUUGACAAUUAGUUUGCGUUUCUACGAUUUCCCAGGAGGCCCUGAUGAACAAGUUUUAGUUUCUAAUUGUAUGGAUAAUGAAUUAGGUGCUGUUGAAAUUGCAUUAGCGCCAAGAAAUAAAGAAGUUAUUUUUAGAGCAGAUACAGUUUCUAGUGGACCUGCGGAAAUCCGAUUACCAUAUAAGGAUAAAGCAUGGAAGAAUGUAACAUACGUAUAUGAUGGAACAGCAUUAAGGGCAAAGGUUGAUGAUGAAGAGCAGGCUGUUGCAAUGAAAGGACAUCUAGAUACACGAGCAGGCGGAUUCGAGAUAGGGAUGUGUAAUAGACGAGGAUACGUUGGAUAUAUUGAUGAUUUGAAGGUCCAUCGUUGUGUAAAUAUAGACUAUGUUAUUGGAAAUGGAAAAGGACCACUUAGUCCAUAUGAUGCUAGAGAUACCAACCUAGAUAUUGGUGGACCUUGAAAAUUUCUUUACAACUAAAACACUUUGAUAUUUUUUUCUGUAAUUCUUAUUUUGAAAAUCACAUGUUCGUUUCUAUGCUAGGUCUGUCUACGAGACUACUUGAGUUUUGGAAAUUUUAUUUCAACGGGACUAUGAAAUAUAUACCACGUAUUUAGAGGGGACCAAUAAAGAAGUUGAACACCAGAAAAA